GCUAUGUGCUAUGUGCUAUGUGCAAUGUGCAAUGUGCUUCGUGAACCGUGAAUUGUUGCUAUGUGAAUUGGUGCUACGGGAAUUGGUGCAACGAGAAUUGGUGCUACAUGCGUUGGUACUACGUGCUGCAUGCAACAUGGUACGUCAUCAGUGAACCGUGAAUCCAUGUGAAUUUGUGCUACGUGCUAUGGGCAAUGUGCUACGUGCAAUGUGCUACGAGCUUCGUGAACCAUGAAUUGGUGCUACGUGAAUUGGUGCAACAUGCUUGGAGCUGCGUGCUACGCGCUCUCGGUCCUCUCUCUCUCUCUCCUCUUAACUCUCUCCUCUCUCUCCUACGGGCUACACGAACUUGGUGCUUAGUGCUUCGUGCUACGUGAACUUCGACGUGGAUUCCUGCUACGUGACCUUCAGGCUUUGUCUACUUUCGUGAACUUGGACGGUUGGGCCGAAGGCUUGCGCGGUGGUGGUUGGAGGCUGCGUCGACAUGGCUGACUAAAGCGUAGCUUCAAGGGCUCUUCUUGUCAUCGGCUAUGGCUCGUGUUGUGAAUCUGGCGGCUUCUCAGACUGGUCUCUCCUUGUACCAAGCAAAGCAGUUGAGCUCUAAUGACGGGCCCGGCAACGACUGUCAGCUGUUGCAUGCAGCGGGAGCGAUCCCAAGCUCGGAGGUACAGAUGCAGAGCUCUUGUUCAUCUCCUCGGCCUCCUCAUGCCGGGAGUCUUCCUGCAGGUGGGAGGGUUUUGUGCCAGAAAAAAAGGAGCUGCUAUUUGUUAGCACCUGUGCAUAACAACACUUGUCAAAGUCAUGGUUCAACGUCCUGUAAACGUUGCGGCAAAACAUUCAUUGCUACAGCACCUAAUAAGACAAAUGGACCCGUAGGUGGGAAGCUCAGGAUGGUCAUGGAGAGAACCAUGGGGUCGAAGGUGAUGAGGAAGAGUAUCGCACGGGUGGAGUGUGACAGAGGGAGAAAGCAUGGCAGUGUGGCGGAGCAGGAGCUUUGCAUGUCCAGGUGGUCUAGGAGCGAGGUAACAGCCUCGACAGGACAUCGACGUACACCUGCAGACGUGAGGUUGUUCCAUAAAGCGAUACGAGAGUCGGCAUGCAAAAACUCGCAGUCUGAGUAUCGAUGCUGUGCGUUGGAUGUGAGCUCCAUGAAAGCAAACAUGUCUGUCUCACCCCGCUCCCCCACGAGGCGUGGAACGAAUAAGACACGGGACGGCGACGAUGGUGGCGAUGUAAUAAAUGGCGAUGGCAUUUCCGGGAGGUCUUAUCGCUCCUACCCAGUGCCACUAGCAAAUUCACGGAGGAGGAAGAUAAAAGAAAGUAUUUGGCAACAAAGUGAGAGAUGGGAAGCUUCUGGGAGAGGUCCAUUUCAAGAAGCGAGGAAGAUAAUAAGAGGGGUGGAUAAUUCAUUUGCGGUGGAAACGUUGGAUCUCGCGAUGACCAGGCUGGUGAUAGCAAUGCAGUAUUGGUCCCUCAUUGAUGCAUUCAUCCGGAUUAAUGCGGAGGAGGAUGGGGAGCAAGUGGAGUGGGCAAGUGCUGAUGAGAUGGUCUAUGCAGAUGUCAUUGCUGCUCUUGGAAACAUGGGCGAGUGGAGGAGGGCAGCAGAUGUGUUUCAUGUAAUGGAGCAGAAAAAGGGCAUUGCUGCGAGCUCAGUGUCGUACAGUUCCCUCAUUCAGGCGCUGAUGAAUAGCGGUGAAUGGGCAAGGAGCACACAUGUGUUCAGAGUGAUGAUGCGUAGAGGGAUCAUUCCUGGUGAUUGUAUAACUGGUGAUAUCUUGAAAGUUUGUUCGUUUCUGGGACAUUGGGAGUUGGCAAUAGAGAUCAUCGAAGGCAUGAAAAAUAGACGGCAACUGCCAAAGGAGGUGUAUUAUGCAGAUGCCGUACAGGCGUGCAGCCGAUCUGGGAGGUGGAAGGAGGCACUGCAGUUGUACGAUGAGCUCUGCGCCAUGGGGUACGUGCCGGACAGAGUGGUGUGUACCGGCGUCAUUAGUGCGUGCGAAAAGAUGGGCGAGUGGAAGGCUGCGAUGAAAGUAUUCAAGAGGAUGGAGCUCGAAGAUGGAGUUGUGCCCAAUGUGGGCAUGUGGACGGCUCUUGUCAGUGCGUGUGCAACGGGGGGGGAAAUUGAUCUUGCGUGGAAGUUGGUAUUCGACGAGAUGAAAUUGAAAGGAGUGGAACCCAAUGUGGUGACGUGGAGUGUGCUGGUGGAUGCAUGUGGACACGGGGGAGAUUGGCGCCGUGCAGAGGCAGCAGUGACCGAGAUGCAGGCAAGAGGCUGUGUGCCGAACCUGGUGACGUGGACAGCUCUCAUCAGAGCGUAUGGCCAGGCAGGUCUCUGGCACGAAGCUAUGGCGACGCUAAGGGACCUGCUGCCGAUGUUGAUGAAGCCGGCUGCGAUAGACGGUCCCAAUGUCCCAGAUGCAAUGGUGUGGAAUACGGUAGCAGAUGCCUGUGCUCGUGCUGGUCAGUGGCGUCUUGUUGCCAGGCUGAUCGACCAGAUGCAGUCUGUGGGAGUGAAGCCGACCGUUGUGACAUAUGCAGUUGUCAUAAAGGCGCUUGGGUCGACAGGUAGGUGGAAGAUGGCUUGGGCUCGUUUUGCUGAAAUGUUGUCGGCAGGAAUAAAGCCAAAUGUGAAGGUCUGUAAUGCCAUGCUUCGUGCCUACGCAGCUGGGGGGCAGAUUGAUCUUGCGGAGGAGCUCUUCAAUGCUAUGCCAUUGGAGUAUGGGUUGACUCCUGACAAGUUUAGCUAUACAGCACUGAUCCAUGGAUGCGGGCGUAGCGGUGCAUGGGAGCGCGCAGAGGAAGUUUUGGAGAAGAUGAAGAGGGCUGGGUGCAAGCCAGACCUCGAAGUCUACCGGACACUGUGGAACACAUACACGAAAACUGGUCAGGUUGACAAGGCCAUGAACGUGAAGAUAAUUAUGGAUGAAGGGAGGCAACGUCGAAGACUGAGCCCCCUGGAAACAGAAAUCCCAGGAAGGACACCCUAUCCUGAUUCUGCGUCUUCUUCUUGUGAUCCUCAUUCCGAACCUUCACUCAAUCCUCCUCCUCCCCCUUCCUCACCCACUGUACCCAAGACAUUGAAAGUUAUAAUGCCGCGGUGGUAAGCAUCGGAUGAUUCUUGAGCAUCGCAUGACUGAGAACUGUUGUGGUCUGUUUUCUGCGGUGUGGAAAGGUGGGAGGAAUGUUUCCAGUUGUUUUGGGGGGGCAUAUAUGGAGAACAUGAGAAAUUGGCAAGGAGAGGGAUGGGGGGGGCGGGCUCAGGAGUAGAUGAUGAUGGAGGUGAAGGAACUGGGUAAGGCCAGAAAGAUAAUUUGCUGAGGGGGUGAGGGAAAGCAUGAUUGAGCAGAGGCAGUGGCAAGGAGAGGGAGGGGAGGACCCGGAAGGGGGGAAGGAGGGAGGACUACUGUCUUUCCGCGAACAUAAUGCACCCUCUA